CUGGAAAUCACCCCGGGAUCUGAUGUCUGCUCAGCACAUUUAGGAUCUUCUUUCUUCCCUGAUCACAACCCUGCCCAAUCUUUCUGCUCCCUAUAAAAGGCAGAUGGAGCCUCCAGAGGAGUAGAGAGACUGAAGUAAUCCAGAAACCUCCAUCUCUCACACAGAAGCCCACGCCUGCACCCUCCACCAUGAAGGUGUCUGCAACCCUUCUGUGCCUGGUGCUCACAGCAGCCUCUGUCAGCUCCCAGGUGCUUGCUCAGCCAGGGUCACCUUCCAUCCCAGUGACCUGCUGCUAUACCAUGACCAAUAAGAAGAUACCCAUCCAGAGGCUGGAGAGCUAUAAAAGAAUCACCAACACCCACUGUCCCCAAGAAGCUGUGAUCUUUAAGACCAUACUGGGUAAGGAGAUCUGUGCUGACCCCAGUGAGAAAUGGGUCAAGAAUUUUAUGAAGUACCUGGAUCAAAAGUCUCAAAGUCUGAAACCUUGAAGUCUCACACAGAGCCUGAGGAAAACCUCUACUAUUUUCCCCAGGGGAAGUGUGACAGUAUUUUACCUUAAUGUAUGAAGAGAGGUGCUUUUGUUUAAUAACUUAAAGCACCAUAUUUCUUAAAUAAUUCUUAACUAUAUUUAAGUUAAUGAUAUUUUCACUUUAUAUGCCAAAUAAAAUUCAUUCAUAUA